AUGAAUUCUAAUGAAGAUGAAAUUUUGUCCCCGAUUACAAAAGCAAUUUCCAAAGUAAGAGAACAAUUUAUCUUGAAGGAUGGAGAAGUAUUGAAUUUCACUAACAUUAUUAAUGUUUACACCGAAGUUUUGAAAUUAAUUCACUUUUUCCCUUAUGAUAUAGAUCUAUUCUCACCCCUACUCAAUAUUUUGGACUAUAAUGGUUGGCAAGAGUUUCAUAAAGAAAUGGUUUGUUUAGUGACAAUAGUGGGGUUGGAACAUUUAACUAAUCGGAAAUUAUUUCCUAAAAUGAGAGAGAUUAUGUUAAACAAUGAAACAAUUUCUAAAAUUUUAAUCUUAAGCGGUGGUGCAUCAAAAAUUAAUUUUGGCGUAAGAGGUCUUGCAUUGUCGGAAUUAAAUCCAUCCCUUUUUGAAGGGAAUAUUGACAUUUUGACCAGUAAAUGCUUAGCAACUUUGGUAAAAUUCACUAAUUUGAAAAAUAUCCAACUGUUGAUAGAUAUUGUUCUGAAAAGUUAUGAGUUUGAACCCUGGCAAUCUUUGUUAAACUUCUUAAUAGAUGAUAACGAAUUAGUUUCCAUUAUGGUGGCUCAGAGUCCGGAUUUUUUUGCCAAUACACUGAAUUAUCCGGAUUCAAAAUUUAUCAAAGAUAUUACCAUUAAUGUCUUGUCAUAUGACCACUUUGACUUAAUUAGAGAUUUAGUUCAACCUAAGUUGAUUUUCCCAUCGUCUUGGCCGUCUAAUGUCAAUUUAGUAACUUCUUUCAAAGCCCUUUUUUCAUUAAUUGAUAACGGAAUUUCUGAAUUAGAAAAUGAACCUACUUUGAUAGUCUAUGCUAAUUGGAGUUUGAAUCAAAUCAUUGCUUACACUGAGUUACCCCAAGGGAAAGCCGAUAUUUAUGCUGUCUACAACUCAUUAAGACCUAUUGUUUCUGUUGCUGUUUUCUUCCAAAAAUUAGCCAUCUACUUAUUAAACGGUAAAGGUGAAGAGUUACCUCCUAUGGCCAAACCCGAAUGGAUGUUGGAUGACUGGGUAAAUAAAAUCGAAGACUUUCCUGAUACACGAGCUGGCCAUGUAUCAGCAGCAACGAAAUCACUUCAGUUGGUUUCAUUAUUCAUUUCUGAUGAAUUGGUUCUAUUUAGAGAUUCGAAGGAUCCUUUGAUGUUGCAAUGUUAUGUUUCGAGAGUUAAAAGCAUCUUUGAAAUUUUGAACCCCAAAAGGAACGAAAUGCAACCGCUAAUCCCCAUCUUGGUCACUAUCCUCAACAAGAUUGAUAGCCCAAUCAUUUGGUCACAUAUGUUAUCCUUACUCCAAGAUUUGUGUUUUGAAGAUUUAAAACUUGUUAAGAUAUGUAAUUCAAUACUCUUAGAAUUCAUUGACGAAAAAAGAGAAUUUAUUGAACCUUUUGUCAAUUUUUUCGGUGGAAAUGAUGAAAUCAACAGAUUUUAUAAUCUCCCACCAGUGAAAUAUGUUGAAUUUCAACAAUUUCAAUAA